UACAUAAAGUAAAAAUGAUCGAAAAAAAAAACGAAAAAAUUGAUAAUUUUGAUGUGGUAGCUUGCAACUCAAAUAGAUCAUCAGCGUCAACAUCGUCUGUAUCAAAUUCAACUCCACCACAACAACAUUCUUCUAAAAAUACAUUAAUAAAUAUCGAGAGAGAUGUGAACUUGCUGAUUCAAAAGUCUAAAAUUGAGGUGGACAAAAACUGGAUAAUCAACACAACAAAAUUUUUACGUGGCAAUCCCGGAGAAAUGGCACGACAAAUCUUCAAGAAAAUGAUUGGAAAAGAUAACCUCGCAAGAAUGACAGUAAAAGAAAAGACUGGUAGAGAAAUGAUUCCAAAAAACCAAUAUGAAGCUAUUGAAGAAUAUGUUCACAACACAUGUCGCAAAUCAAGUAGACUAUCCAAACCAGAAUUUCAUAAAAAAAUAAUGAAAAUGUGUUGUACUUUACGAGAAACGGAAAAGAAAAAAAAAGCUGCUUAA